UUAUUGUUUGAGUAACAAGCUAAGUGUGGAUCUGCCGCUCGUUUCAAUGUAAUCCUGUCUCCACAGGCAGUCGUCCGACAUGGCGACCAAGAAGAAGGUCCUCAACGCUGCAAGAACCAUCUGAAUUGGGCAAGGCAGAAAGGUUGAUCAACUUGCUGUUGAGUAUUUUAUUCUUUUACCCCUGGAACGCUUACACGUGGAUUUAGCAGAAUUACAGGCAGGGACUGAAGGACGUAUUGAGGACACGCCAUGGUGGAGCCAGAGACUCGAGCCUCUGCAGGCCAGCGGCUGGGAACCCCGGAGACCAUGGCCAUCAGCACGCUGGCUCCAGGCCUCAAACCGCCUGUCAUGCCCCCAGGCCGGCACAUCACCGCCAGAGUCCGCAUGCUGGAUGAAACCGAGGAGCUCUUCGACAUCUCUCAACGUGCAUCGGGCAAGGUGCUGUUUGACAUGGUGUGCACUCACCUGAACCUCGUCGAAGGAGACUAUUUUGGCCUGGAGCUUCAAGACCAUCGGAAAAUGGCGGUUUGGCUAGACCACUUAAAACCCAUCGCAAAGCAGAUCAGACGGCCCAAGCAAUGUGUCCUGCGCUUCGUGGUGAAGUUCUUCCCCCCGGACCAUGCCCAGUUACUGGAGGAGUUGACCAGGUACCUGUUUGCUCUGCAGAUAAAGUAUGACCUGGCCUGCGGCCGACUUACCUGCAAUGACAGCAGUGCUGCUCUGCUAGUCUCCCACAUCAUCCAAUCUGAAAUCGGGGACUUUGAGGAGACUCAGUGUCGGCAACACCUCCUGAACAACAGCUACAUUCCGGACCAGAUGGCCCUCAUAGACAAGAUCAUGGAGUUUCACCACAAGCAUGUAGGGCACACGCCAGCUGUGUCAGAUUUCCAACUGCUGGAGGUGGCUCGCAGGCUGGAGAUGUAUGGCGUCCGCCUGCACCCAGCCAAGGACCGAGAGGGCUCCAAGCUCAGCCUAUCAGUGGCUCACACUGGCGUCCUCGUCUUUCAGGGUCACACAAAGAUCAAUGCCUUCAACUGGUCCAAAGUGCGGAAGUUGAGUUUCAAGCGGAAAAGAUUUCUUAUCAAACUCAGACCAGACCUGAAUCAGAGUGCAUACCAGGACACGCUGGAGUUCAUGAUGGCCAGCCGCGACUGCUGCAAGGUGUUCUGGAAGAUCUGUGUGGAGUAUCAUGCCUUUUUCCGGCUUUUCGAAGAGCCCAAGCCCAAGCCUAAGCCGGUUCUGUUCAGCCGAGGAUCCUCCUUCAGAUUCAGCGGUCGGACACAGAAGCAGGUCAUUGAUUUUGUGAAAGACACAGAAUUUAAAAAGAUUCCCUUUGAAAGGAAACACAGUAAAGUCCAGUGCAACAGUAACUCUCCACUGCCUUCACUACGCUCCCAAGUGCCAAAAGAAAGUGCAAAGUGUGCUGCCCGAGAGAGGAGCAGCUCCCCAGCCAAGCAUCACUGGAAGGAACCGGCGCUGGUGAGCGCGGAGGACUCGCCCGCCCUGCGGAAUCGUGCCAGCCCCUCGUCUCAGCGCAACGGCCGCGAGGAUCGGCACGAAGAGGGGGGGAGAGCAACACUGUCCAGCAGCAGGCACCAGGCAGCCGAGCCCCUCAACACAGAGCCGGUCUCCGGCAGCCCCCGGUUGUUAGGGGCAGCUCAGGGCAUGGUCAAUGGCCAGCGCCAUGCCAACGGGGUUGGGCACAGUCCCGACGGCCCCCAGCCGUCCCCCCUCACCAGCCCGCUGCUCAAUGACGCAGCCACGCGUACCGAUGAUGAGGACGAGGCGCGGAGGAAGCGAUUCCCAACAGAUAAAGCUUACUUCGUUGCCAAGGAGCUACUGACCACAGAGAGAACCUACCUGAAGGACCUGGAAGUGAUAACAGUGUCAUUUCAGAGUAUGUUGGAGAAAGAGGAAGCAACGCCUGAUUCUCUAAAGAACGUGAUCCUGUCCAAUUUUGAGCCCCUCUACAAGUUCCACACAGGCUUUCUCAGGGAGGUGGAGCAGAGACUGGCUCUAUGGGAGGGACGCUCCAACGCUCACAUCAAAGGAGACUACCAGUGCAUCGGUGACGUCAUGCUGAAGAACAUUCAGGGCAUAAAGCAAAUGGCCGCUCACCUGCAGAAGCAGUCGGAGAUGCUGCUGGAGCUGGAGAAGGCGUGCCGGGCCUCGCGGAAGCUGGAGGGGCUGUGCCGAGACUUUGAGCUCCAGAAGGUGUGCUACGUGCCCCUCACCGUCUUCCUGCUGCGCCCGCUGCACCGGCUGCUGCACUACAAGCAGAUCCUGGAGCGCCUGUGCAAACACUACCCCCCCGCGCACGCCGACUUCAGAGACUGCCGAGCGGCUCUAGCGGACGUGUCUGAGAUGGUCACCCAGCUGCACAGCAGCAUGGUCAAGACAGAGAACUACCAGAAGCUGCUGGAGCUCAAGAAAGAUUUGAUUGGCACCGACAAUCUCGCUGCCGCAGGAAGGGAGUUCAUCAGGUUAGGGUGCCUCAGCAAGUUGUCCGGAAAAGGCCUCCAACAGCGCAUGUUCUUCCUGUUUAAUGAUGUUCUUUUAUAUACCAGUCGAGGGAUGACGGCUACGAAUCAGUUUAAAGUACAUGGUCAACUGCCACUACGUGGCAUGACUAUAAGAGGGAGUGAGGAUGAGUGGGGUGUGCCUCACGCCUUCACCCUGGUUGCCCAGCGCCAGUCAGUGGUGGUAGCAGCAAGUUCGUUGUCGGAAAUGGAAAAGUGGAUGGAGGACAUAAAGACGGCAGCUGAGCAGGCGGAGACGUCCAACGGGCUGACGUCCGAGCUGAUGGCCAGCAGCAUGAACGAUCACAAAUUUCUUGAGGACUCCGCCCUGGAGCCGGAGUCUGAGGACGACCUGAGUGCCUCGCGGUCGUCUCUGGAGCGCCAGGCGCCUCACCGUGGUAACACCAUGGUGCACGUGUGCUGGCAUAGGAACACCAGCGUGUCCAUGGUGGACUAUAGCAUGGCUGUGGAGAAUCAGUUGUCUGGAAAUCUGUUGAGGAAGUUCAAGAACAGCAAUGGCUGGCAGAAGCUCUGGGUGGUGUUCACAAACUUCAGCCUGUUCUUCUACAAAACCCAUCAGGAUGACUACCCACUGGCCAGUCUCCCCCUCCUUGGCUACUCCGUCACUAUACCUACCGAGUCAGAAAACAUCCAUAAAGACUACGUCUUCAAACUGCACUUCAAGUCCCACGUGUACUACUUCAGAUCAGAGAGUGAAUACAGUUUUGAGAGGUGGAUUGAGGUGAUCCAAAGUGCCACUAGUGGGCGGGGCGCAGUGUCAAGCCGGGAAGAAGCUCAGGCUCAUUGACCCAAAGAGCCAAAUGGAUCGCCCUCCUCUGUGUUCCCCGUGACCUCCUCUUGUGCAUCCCUCUUCUCCUGCUUUUAUCCUUAUCCACAUGGGUCCAACUCCUGAGGCUCCUCCAACUUCUUUUAAGCUUCCACUACACUUCAGUUCCUUGAAUAAGACUCUUGUUCAUAUCCAUUUACUUUUUGUUAAUACAUAAAAACCAGUAGAAGACACUCUUACAUACUCUAUCUCUGAAAUACACACAGACACGCGCACACACACAAACACACAAACACAAACACAAACAAAACACACAUAAGCUGUGACACAUUCUUACAGUCGUUCCAUGCAAACUCUUGGUGCUUUUUGAAAAUGGUGACAUGUCCGCUGGUUUAGACUGCAUCAGACGCUGCGUUGUUUUUCCUGCAUUUUUAUGGACCUUCAAGCCUCUUUUAUAGGAUCUCAUUUUCUACUCUUUUUAAUGGUCUAUGCCAGUUUCUCUCAGUCUGGUUUUUGCAUUUCUCUCAUUGGUUGUUUUACAAUGGAAAACCUGUCAAUAAGAGUUUUGUCAUUUUUAGGACUAUUUUUCAUAGGUAGCUAGAUGUCACUGCUACACCACACAACUUUUUAAUGGUCUGUUGUUAAUGUUAAAUAACGAUAGCUGCUUUGAAGUCCAACAGCUUGAGUGCCAAACUGUUUUGCCGUGUGGUCUUUGUAAUUCAUUUUUAAAAUGUGGGAGGACACAGACUCCGUAAAUUUCUGUUGUAAAGAGAAUUUUUGACACGAUCAUGCUGUAGGCAUCUUAAAAUGAUGACUCUUUAUAGGGCAACAAAUGUCCACAAAAGAGUUGAAAACUAAUAUGUAACAGUACCAUUAACAAACUUAUUGUUAGGGAAAAUGUAAUAUUUCCUAAAAUCCGUUUCCAUUUCUGAUCAGUUCAGGAACUUUUCAUUUGUUUUUAAUUUAUAUUUAGUUCAUCACGGCUGCCAUUUUAACUCUAUAUUUAAAAGGUUUUAACUCCUACACUGAUCUAACUAAUUGUGUAUAGUUGCCAGAGGUCAACCAGAAAGUUUGUAAAAGUUUGACACCUAAGGCAUUACCUUUAAGAUAUUAAAAAUAACAUUUAUAUUAAACCCCCUGAGAGAAUUGAAGCUUUAAAAUGUAUAGAAAACACGAAGUUUUAGUUUGAUAUAAACUACGAAACCCCACAUAUACAAAACUGCCUCUUACGUGUUUUAGUCUUUCUCCUGUGAAAAUGCCAUGGAUGAGAUGAGUAAGACCAGGUUCAGAAUGACGUGUUCAUGUGGAUGUCCAUUUUGUGGCGGGGAAGCCCUGCUUCCUCAGGUUAAGAGAGCCUUUUGGAGAUGAAAGCAAUAAAAACUCAUCUGAACCUUA